AUGUCAUCAAAUUGGAACUUUUCAUCACCAUCCACAAACCAAACCACAUCUAACAACAACUUUUUUGAAGGUCAAUCAUAUGGACUUUCAAAUCAAAAUCACCACAUAUGGUGUUCCUCUCCAUUAUCUUCUUUCAAUGUGCAAUCAUCGUCAUCUACUGGUUUCAGUAGCAUUAAUCCGGGAUCUUUUCAAUUUGAUUCACCAAGAACAUCCACACUAUCUUUCGAAAGAAUUUAUGAAGAUCUAAUACAACCAAACCAAUCCAAUUCAAUGAGCUAUCAGAAUAUCCCUAUUCAAUAUGGAGGAUGUGAACAUUUAUUUCAAAAUCAUCAAUCCUAUUAUCCACAAUUCAAUCAGCAAUACAUCACACAAUCUUCUCAUAAUUUCUCCACAACCCAACAUAACCUUGACAAUCCGAACACAUUAUCAUCUCAACCUUCACAACAUGAAACCAAUCAAUCAAACCAACAUUCAAACACACAACAAAAUACAACAAUUACUUUUGUCGAUGGCUUCACUCGCAUAAAACAAAAGCGAGGAAGACCACCGAGCACAGAAAACAAAUUGAAAAAUAUUAUUGAUAAUGCUGAUCUCAAUUUCUCUCAGUAUAAGCUCCAAGGAGAUGCUGUUAUUAAAUUAAAGAACAAGAGUUUUGCGAUAUGUAACUCAUUACAUUUUAAUAUUGCAAAUCCAUCUAUUGACAAGAUGCAGAAAGAAUUUCAUCAAUUCGAAAAAGAGACGAAAUCUAAUGGGAAGUUGUUGUUGACAUGUAAAAAAGGCAGUGAAAAAACAACCAAAAGUAUGAUUGAACAAGACAAAUCUCAAUAUACAAAAAGCAAGCUCGGAUCAUUACUUUGCGGAAUCGAACUUUUGCUGUAUAAUAAUGGAAUUUCAAAUUUCUCUGAAUUUUUCGAUCUAUUGAUUGACAUGUUUCCCGAUAUUGUUUAUCGAACAUUAAGCAAACGAAAGGAUUAUGAUGACAUUGACACGAAAGUUCGAAAAUUAGUCACAAACAAAAAAAUACCAGAAUAUGACUCAUAUAUCGAAAUGUAUCUAAACAAACAAGAAAAAACAAACCCUAUUGCCAUUAAUGAUUACCCAAAUGAUCUCGAUGAUCCUGUUUCAUCUGAAAUUAGUUCUGAAAUCGAUGAAAAUUUUGAUGAAUAUGAAGAACAUCAAUCAAGUGAAGCAAUUAAUGAAACAACAUCAACAAUCUCACAAGAAGAACCUGUAAGCAGUAGUGUAGCUCUACAAACAAGCUCAAAUGACGAUGAUGAAAUGGAUUGGGAGGACGAUGAUUAUUCGCAAAGUGAUGCUUCUUCAUCGAGUGAAGAGACAAAUCAAAGAAAAAAAGUGACAAAACGAAAGUUGCGAGUAGUACGGAAAAAGUUACUUGAUAUCCAAGCGAAAGACAAAGCCAAAAUCAGUAACACUCAAUAUAAGGAACUGGUGUCAUCUUCAAGCUCCAAAACCACUCCUCUCUCAAGUAUGUCAUCAGUUCAAUCUGUAGUUAGUAUUAAGGCCUUAAUUGAAUUUAAAGGGACACAUGAGAAGAAUGAAAAUAUUUUUUUCAUCAGCCUUUAUUCUUUAGUUAAAUAUAUGAUUGAAUUAUAUGUACAAUGGGUAAAACAAAUAUCAACAGACAAGGAAUUAGCUGCUCAUCUCAACGAAGAGGAUAAAAAUUGGAAAACAAAAAUUAAGUGGUUCAAACUCAAUCUCGAUGGAUCUAAAGGCCGUGUUACAUUCGCAUGCGCUCCAUUAAAUAUGAAAAAUUUUGGGAGUCCUCAAUCAAGAGAAGCAGUCCAUCCUGUGGCUGUUUGGAAGGGAAAAGAAAAUCAACUUCGAGCAAUAACUGGAAUUAUUCGAGUAAUGAUUGAAUCGAUGACAUGUCAUGGGGUGGAUGUUGAUGGAGUAAAUCACAAGGUGGAUUUUUGUGUCACAACAGAUCUUCUUUCGUUAAAGCGUAUCUCUAAUCUUAAAUUUUCACAAAUGUGUCCAUAUUGCAAUACAUUGAAUACUUUUUGUGACCAUUUUCACCUCGCUAGAAGCAAAGAACAGUUGGGUUGUCUGCUCGGAGUUAGUCCAUUCAAAAUUGUCAUCUGUUUGCUCCAUAUGAAAGAACGAAUAAUGGAAAGAAUAUUAAUUGAUGCAAUAAUGACGAGCAACAAACGAGAAACUAUUGUCAGGAUCAUUCGCAAGAUUCCAAAUCUCAAUAAUUUCAAAAUAACUGAGAAAGGACAAAAGUUGAAGUGUUACUUAACCGGAAAACAAGUUAAUUCCAUUUUAAGCAAUUUGAGAAGAUUACGUAAGGUAAUCGUUCCUCAAUAUAUCACAUUAAUGAGCAAAUUUAGAAAUGUGUUGAAAUUACUUCAAAAUGAAUCCUUUUCUGAAUCCGAACUUAAUAACCUUCAACUCAAGCUAAAUGAGAUGGAAGAAGUGGUUCAAUCUCUUUAUACUGAUAGUGGUUCUCAAAGUUGGUAUAUGCAUAUUCUAUUCCAUCAUGUAAUUCCUUUAAUCAAAGUAUACGGAAAUUUGGUUCACUUUGAAACACAGGGAUUCGAAGGAGCACACAUUGAUGAUGAAAGGCGUAUGAAAAACACAUCCAACAAUGGAGGAAAGUAUAAUUAUUUGGACAGAAUGUUUCCGACAUGUAAAGAUCAAAGUUUGAUCCAGUUCAUGCUUCCGAAAAUUAGGAGACUCAUGGUAUGUAGAGAUUUGAAAAUUCCCUUUCAAAACAGGCAACGAAACAAUGAGAAGUACAAGCAAUUUCUUGCAAUACCCUACCCGAUCUUCUCAUUCCAAGAGGAAAAUGUUGCCUUGUUGUCUUUUGUACCAGGGAAAUCUCUCUCCGAAGUGUGUACCCGAUGCGAAGAUCACGAAGAACAUGAAAUAACCUCCAAAUAUGAUCCAAUUUCAAACGUUCAAUAUGGCAAGGACAAUGCAAAUGACAACGACGAUGAAAGCGAUGCCAUGAACAUGUUUUCCCAAAGUUGUGAUGUGUAA